GGUGGUAAAGCUGGGAAGGACUCUGGGAAGACCAAGACCAAAGCGGUGUCCCGUUCUCAGCGGGCUGGAUUGCAGUUCCCUGUUGGCCGCAUCCACAGGCACCUGAAGUCUAGGACUACCAGCCAUGGGCGUGUAGGAGCCACAGCUGCUGUCUAUAGUGCUGCAAUCCUGGAGUACUUGACAGCUGAGGUUCUUGAGCUGGCAGGAAAUGCAUCCAAAGACUUGAAGGUGAAACGUAUCACUCCCCGUCACUUGCAGCUUGCAAUUAGAGGAGAUGAAGAAUUGGAUUCUCUCAUUAAGGCAACAAUUGCUGGUGGUGGUGUAAUACCGCAUAUCCACAAGUCUCUCAUUGGAAAGAAAGGACAACAGAAAACUGUCUAAAGGAUACCAGGAUUCCUUGUUAUCUCAGGACUCUAAGUACUUAAUUGUCCAGUGUUGGUGAUUCCAGUGGACUGUAUCUGUGAAACACGAUUUUGCCUUUUUGUAACUUUGAGAAGCUAAAGCUCCCUUGAGCUUUCUAACAAACCAAAUUUCUGCAUUGAAGUCUUAACCGUAUUUAAGUGUUACCAUGGCUUCAAAGAAGCUAUUGUAUUUGUAGUGGGUUUUGAUUGAGCUGACUGUUUUUAGAUUGGUUUGAUUAAGUAAAGGAAAUGUUUGGUUUUGUACAGACUUUUCAUCCACUAGAGUGGAAAUAUUCAAUAAAUGUUAUGUCAAGACUGA